AUGGCAGGAGCAAUCAUAGAGAACAUGAGCACUAAGAAACUGGUUAUCUUGGGAUUCUUUAUUCUUGUUUUCCAAGUUAUUUCCAUUAUGGUUGGAGCGCUAAUUGCUCCCAGUCCUACCAGUGCCAUUCGCUACUUGGCUACCAAAUGCAUCAAUCGCCACAGGGAACGUGGCUGGCUUGUACCGUGGGGACCAAAUCGGUGCCAGCAGAUCCACAGUUUCGAUGAGCCACUGGCAAAAACACUGGAUGCCAACGACAUCGUGUUUGCUGUGCAUGUACCUCUUCCUAACAAGGAGAUGAGCCCCUGGUUCCAGUAUAUGCUGGCUGUUCUACAGUUUGACAUUGCUUUCAAAAUGAUCAAUCAGAUUGAAGAGGAUGUUAUCAUCACUAUUGAUACUGGCCUGGCAUACAGGGAUGAUUUGAUAUCUGAGUGGACCACGGAGUUUCGCUCGGUGGAGCAGAGGCCGCUCCGGUGCACAUUCCCAGUCCCUAAGACAUAUGAAAAUGAAGGCCGCUUUUAUCACUGUGACCCAAUACCAUUCAUGGAACUGGGAAGUGUGGCCCACAAAUAUUUUUUGAUUAACCUGCGCUUGCCAGUGAAUGACACGGUGAACGUUGGCAUCGGAGAAAUAAAGGACAUCCAAAUAGUGGGCAUCCACCAGAAUGGAGGUUUCACUACAGUGUGGAUCAGCAUGAAGACUGUGUUCAGUCCCUGGAUAUUUGGGGCAACGGUUUGGUACUGGCACAGGCUCAGCCUCAUGGCAAGACCUCCAGUUCUUUUGGAAAGGGUGAUUUUUGCUCUGGGUAUCUCUAUGACGUUCCUGAACGUGCCGGUGGAGUGGCUGUCUCUGGGCUUUGAGUGGACGUGGGUCCUGCUGUUUGAAGAUGUUCAACAGGGCGCUUUCUACUCUGCACUCUUUUGUUUCUGGAUCAUCUUCUGUGGUGAACACCUCAUGGACCAAAGUCAGAGGAAUCAGCUCUCAGCAUACUGGUGGCAGGUUGGACUGGUGGUGUUUGGCUCAUCUGUUCUACUCAUAUUUGACCUGAGUGAAAGGGGGGUUCAUUUGACCAACCCUUUCUACAGUGUUUGGGCAUCAGAAACUGGGUCGAAUGUGGCUAUUACCUUCAUUAUUGUGGCAGGGAUUUCUGUUUGUCUGUAUUUCCUGUCCCUGUGUGGCAUGGUACGUUGUGUGUUCAGGAACAUUGGUGGGAAAACACAGCAACUUCCUGCAAUGCCAGAGGCUAGGAGACUACGUUAUAAGGGAAUAAUCUUCAGGUUCAAGUUUUUGAUGCUGGUAACACUAGCAUGUGCAGCCAUGACUGUCAUCUUCUUUAUCCUAAAUCAAGUCAGUGAAGGUCACUGGCACUGGGGAGACUACACUCUCCAAGUUCACAGUGCUUUUCUCACAGGGAUCUACGGCAUGUGGAACCUGUAUGUUUUCAGCAUUAUCUUCCUUUAUGCCCCCUCCCACAAGAACAACAGAAAUGAGUCAGGAGACAGUCAACAAACAGAUACGCUGGAGAAGCCAGAAAGCCAAGAGAGCCGGCUGACAUGUGGAGAGCAGGGGCCAACAGAGACCUACAGGAUCACUGGGAAGGUGGCUGAGGAGUAA